CCGCCGCCCGCCCCGCGGCGAGGGGAGCGGCGGGGGCGGCGCCGCGGCCGCCCGGGCCAUCGCCGCCCCGUCGGGGCGCCGCGCCGCCGCCUCCCCCCUCUGGGCCGCAGUGGUGCAGCCCGAGGUUAGCGGAAGCGGCCGCUCGGCGCUGCCAUGUUGAGCCGCCGCCGCCGCCGCCGCUUUGUUGUCGGCUCCAUGUAGCUGCGGCCCGGGGGAGGGAGCGACGGGGGGACCGCCCGCCGCAGCCGCCGCCGCCGCCGCCCGGGGCCGCGCCGCCCCCGCCAUGGAGGCCAACUGGACCGCGUUCCUCUUUCAGGCACAUGAAGCCUCCCAUCACCAACAGCAGGCAGCACAGAACAGUUUGUUGCCUCUCCUGAGCUCUGCUGUUGAGCCGCCCGAUCAGAAGCCGAUUCUGCCCUUACCAAUAACGCAGAAACCUCAGCCUGCACCAGAAACAUUAAAGGAUGCUAUUGUUGGGAUUAAAAAGGAAAAACCUAAAACCUCCUUUGUGUGCACUUACUGCAGCAAAGCUUUCAGGGACAGCUACCAUUUGAGGCGUCACGAGUCCUGCCACACAGGGAUAAAGUUAGUGUCACGGCCAAAGAAAACUCCCACCACAAUGGUGCCCCUUAUCUCGACCAUCGCUGGUGACAACAGCCGGAGUUCGCUGGUUUCGACUAUCGCAGGCAUCCUGUCCACUGUCACUACGUCUUCCUCUGCCACCAACCCCAGCAGCAGCGCCGGCGCCACGGCCAUGGCGGUGACGCAGACGGUGAAGAAGCCCAGCAAGCCCGUGAAGAAGAACCACGCUUGUGAGAUGUGUGGGAAGGCCUUCAGGGACGUCUACCACCUCAACCGGCACAAGCUGUCCCACUCGGACGAGAAACCCUUCGAAUGUCCCAUUUGCAAUCAGCGCUUCAAGAGAAAGGAUCGCAUGACCUACCACGUGAGGUCUCACGAAGGUGGCAUCACGAAACCCUACACCUGCGGUGUUUGUGGAAAAGGCUUCUCAAGGCCUGAUCAUUUAAGCUGUCACGUUAAACAUGUUCACUCAACAGAGAGACCCUUCAAAUGCCAAACGUGCACUGCUGCCUUUGCCACCAAAGACAGACUGCGGACACACAUGGUGCGCCAUGAAGGAAAGGUAUCGUGUAAUAUCUGUGGUAAACUUCUGAGUGCAGCAUAUAUCACCAGCCACUUAAAGACACACGGGCAGAGCCAAAGUAUCAACUGUAAUACCUGUAAACAAGGCAUCAAUAAAACAUGCAUGAGUGAAGAGACCAGCAACCAGAAACAGCAACAGCAGCAGCAACAGCAGCAACAACAACAACAGCAGCAGCAGCAGCAGCAACAACAGCAGCAGCAGCAGCAGCAGCAGCAACAGCAGCAGCAGCAGCAGCACGUAACAAGUUGGCCUGGAAAGCAGGUAGAGACCCUGAGAUUGUGGGAAGAGGCCGUCAAAGCCAGGAAGAAAGAAUGUCAGUUCACCUUUGAGAAGGCUAUAGAGUACGUACCAUUCGAAGCUGCUAACUUGUGCCAAACCUCCACUGCUGCUACUACGCCUGUGACUCUUACUACUCCAUUCAAUAUAACGUCCUCUGUGGCUUCUGGGACUAUCACAAACCCAGUCACAGUGGCAGCUGCAAUGAGCAUGAGAAGUCCAGUAAAUGUAUCAAGUGCAGUUAAUAUAUCCAGUCCGAUGAACUUAGGGCAUCCUGUAACCAUAACCAGUCCUCUGUCCAUGACCUCUCCAUUAACGCUCACCACCCCGGUGAACCUGCCCACCCCGGUGACCGCUCCAGUGAACAUAGCGCACCCCGUCACCAUCACGUCCCCCAUGAACCUGCCCACCCCCAUGACGCUGGCUGGUCCCCUCAACAUAGCCAUGAGACCAGUGGAGAGCAUGCCUUUCCUGCCCCAGGCCUUGCCCACCUCUCCUCCCUGGUAAACAAGUUCUAAACAGUAUUAAAAAGGAUUAAAAUGGAAUCCUUACCAGCA